UAUGCUCUGUUCCUUUGUUUUGUCUUCUAUUAACUUCCUCUGUUUUCAGGUUCAUUCUUUGUUUUCCUUUCACACGAAAAUUUCCUCUUUUGAAGAAAAAAAAAUGGGUGGAAAUUCUCCAUGUGCUUCAUGCAAGCUUCUGAGACGCAGAUGCACAAAAGAUUGCACCUUUGCUCCUUAUUUUCCUUCUCAUGAACCACAAAAGUUUGCCUUAGUUCACAAGGUUUUUGGUGCUAGUAACGUUAGCAAAAUGUUGCAGGAGCUACCUGUUCAGCAAAGAGCAGAUGCAGUGAGCAGUCUAGUGUAUGAAGCAAAUGCAAGAGUGAGGGACCCAGUUUAUGGUUGUGUUGGUGCAAUUUCUUAUUUGCAAAAUCAAGUUUCUGAGCUUCAAAUGCAACUUGCAGUUGCUCAAGCAGAGAUACUCUGCAUUCAAAUGCAACAACAUGAACAAGUCAUUAAUCCAACUCAAGAAAUCAACACAGAUCAGAAAUCUUAUUUUCUUCAACAAGAUGAUCUCACUCAGUACCUUAGUUAUGAUUCUUCUAGUAAUGUAAUUCAUGAUUCUCUUAAGAGAGAUAAUAAUAUCUAUGGACAUAACAUGAUUUCUUGAAUGAAAUUUCAUCAUGUAUUUUUGAGUUCUUAGACCAUGGCCCUCACUUUUUUUUUUUAAUUUAAUUUUUGGUCUUUGUUAA